AUGGCCACUGAUGAUCGUGGUUUUGCAUAUUAUUGCUACCUUGGCGGCAGUUGGAUCGCCAUUGUCCUUCUGGUGCAACUCUUCAUCAAAACAUGCACCAGCUUUUGCACCAAGAUUCGCCACCCACCAAGCCCUCCAGCCCUACCCAUCAUUGGCCAUCUUCACCUUUUAAGCUCAAGGCUACCAAGCUCGCUCAAAACACUUGCUAGCCAAUAUGGAUCCCUCAUGCUAAUACGUUUUGGAUUAACACCUAUUUUUGUUGUGUCCGAUGCCAAAACAGCCAAGGAGAUAUUGAAAAUCCAUGAUGUUGAUUUUGCCUCUAAGUAUACACUCGCUUUUGGCCUCUCAAGAUUUGACAUUUAUGAUGGAUAUACUUUCUUCAAUGCCGAGUAUGGCACAUAUUGGCGGUUCAUGAAGAAGCUAUGCAUGACCAAACUAUUCGCUGGCACGCAACUGGAUCGAUUCAUCCAUAUCCGAGAGCAAGAGACGUUGAAGCUUCUAAAAUCACUGGUGGAAAAGUCAAGAGAGGGGAAGCCAUGUGAUUUAGGCGAGGAGCUUUCAGUCUUCUCGAGUAAUAUAAUUUGUAGAAUGGCAAUUGGCAAGAGAUGCAUGGAAAACCCUAAUUUACCUAGAGAAAUAAGGAAGGUGGUAGGGGAUAUAAUGAAAAAUGCAGCAAAGUUUAGUUUCAAUGAAGUUUUUGGUCCUUUAAGCAGAUUUGACUUUUUAGGAAAAGGGAAAGAGCUCGUUUCAGCGACUUGGAAGUAUGACCAGCUAAUGGAGCAGCUGAUGAAGAAAUAUGAAGAGAAGGUUGAGAUGAUCAACGGUACUGGUGACGAAGGGGAGAAAGACGUGAUGGACAUUUUAAUGGAGACUUAUAAAGACACAAAUUCUGAAUUGAAGUUAACAAGGAGGCAUAUAAAAAAAUUCUUCCUGGAAAUAUUUUUUGCGGGCGUGGAAACUACUGCAACAGCUAUGCAAUCUGCCAUUACAGAGUUAAUACAGAACCCCACUGUGUAUACGAAGCUCAGGGAGGAAAUUCACUUGAAUGUAGGGUCUGAUAACAGGCUAGUCAAGGAAUCAGACGUCCCAAAUCUUCCUUUCUUACAAGCAGUUGUGAAGGAAACCCUAAGGUUAAGUCCUAUAGGAACGUUGCGGGCAAGGCAAUGCAACGUAGAUACUAAGAUCAAUGGUUAUGACAUUAAAGCUGGUAGUAGAAUCCUCAUCAAUGCGUAUGCCAUAAUGCGUGACUCAAAUUCGUGGGACAAGCCAGAUGAGUUCAUGCCGGAGAGGUUCUUAUCGGCCAAAUCGACGGACGGUGUUGAUAAUCAUCCAACGUUGGACUUCAAGGGUGAUCAAGAUUUUCAUUACCUUCCAUUUGGGAGUGGAAGGAGAGCAUGUGUUGGUGCCUCUCAUGGGUUGGUUGUCACUCUCUCAACGAUAGGAAUGCUAGUGCAAUGCUUCGAUUGGGAAUUGAAAGAUGCUGACAAAAUUGAUACCAAAAUGACAGGAUAUUCAGGAUCAAGGGCACUGCCUCUUGCUUGCUACCCCACAACACGCUUUGAUCCCACUAGGGCUUGAUGCCAUGUAUUGAAGCCUCGUGGGCGUGUGUUCGUUUCUCACACGUUCGAUUGAGUUUUGGAAACACCCUUCAAACUAGCCCUUG